CGCGCGGCGAUGACGUCAGUGGCGCGCCGCCGGUGCCGCCGCCGGUGCCGGGCAUGGCCCAGCUCGGCGCCAUCGCCGCCCUCGCCCUCGGCGUCGCGGCCGCCGCGCUCCUCUCGGCCGUGCACAAGAUCGACGAGGGGCACAUCGGCGUCUACUACCGCGGCGGCGCGUUGCUGACCUCUACCAGCGGGCCCGGCUUCCACCUCAUGCUGCCCUUCAUCACGUCCUACAAGUCAGUGCAGACCACGCUGCAGACGGACGAGGUGAAGAAUGUCCCGUGCGGCACCAGUGGGGGAGUGAUGAUUUAUUUCGACAGGAUCGAGGUGGUGAAUUUCCUCAUCCAGAGCGCGGUGUACGACAUCGUCAAGAACUACACGGCUGACUACGACAAGGCUCUCAUCUUCAACAAGAUCCACCACGAGCUGAACCAGUUCUGCAGCGUGCACACACUGCAGGAGGUGUACAUCGAGCUCUUUGAUCAAAUUGAUGAAAACCUUAAACUGGCCUUGCAGCAAGACCUCACCACCAUGGCCCCCGGAUUAAUUAUACAGGCAGUGCGAGUUACAAAGCCAAACAUCCCUGAAACCAUCCGGAGGAAUUACGAGCUCAUGGAGAGUGAGAAGACAAAGCUGCUGAUAGCAGCGCAGAAGCAGAAGGUGGUGGAGAAGGAGGCAGAGACUGAGAGGAAGAAAGCUCUGAUCGAGGCAGAAAAGAUUGCACAAGUUGCUGAAAUAACUUAUGGGCAGAAAGUGAUGGAAAAGGAGACAGAGAAGCGAAUUUCAGAGAUCGAAGAUGCUGCAUUUCUUGCCCGAGAGAAGGCGAGAGCUGAUGCUGAGUGUUACACUGCAAUGAAGGUGGCUGAGGCCAACAAGCUCAAGUUAACUCCUGAGUACUUGCAGCUGAUGAAGUACAAGGCGAUCGCAGCCAACAGCAAGAUCUACUUUGGCAAAGAUAUUCCCAACAUGUUCAUGGACUCUGCAGGGAGCCAGAGCAAAUCUGCAGAGGGACUGGCAGAAGGAAUCCAAGAGGAGGACGGGGCAGGAACCAGUGAGGACACAAAACUACUUCAUAACAUCAACUGAAAAGAAAGAUUUCUAUUCCUUUUAUAUCCAAAAAUUAUGAACUGGGAAAUUCCUUUAGUUUCCCCCCUUUCCUGUGCUGAAAGAGAUGAAUCAGAUUUAAUCCUUUCAAUCUUUUAUAUGACAAUUAGACACAAGGACUUUGGUAUUUAUGGGGUGGGUUUUCUGGUAAUUUCUAAGCUCCAGGUAUGUUCUGUAGCUGCACCUCCCCAGCUCUUGGUCACCCAGGCCAAGGAUUUGGGAGAGGCUGUCAGGGCUAUCAGCUGGGUGGGAGCCUAAUUUGGGAUUGUGGUGGUUCGUAGCAGUUGCAGGUCAAGAAAUGUUGAGGUUUUGGAGGGAGGGGAAUUGCUGCUACAAAUUGUUUUGGGGUUUUUUCUUACCGAAAAUUCCGAGUACUUUAUUUCAAUCCCCUCUGAAAAUAAGGUGCUAGAUUUUGUACAUCACAUACAAGUGGCUGCUCCAGGCUGGGGCCAGUGGCCUGUGGCUGCUGAGCCCACAUGAGGUGACCCCAUGAGGACAGAGGAGUCCUGCAGGUUCCCACCCACGGGGGGAUCGAAGCCUUAGACCGCGUCACGCAGGGAGUGACCCAAACUCUUCAUUUUCUGUGUCCUGACUCUGCUCUGUUUUCCAUUCCUCAUGUUUCUGUAGGGCACAGGAGCGUUGGCCCAGCAGUUCAGCUGCUGGGGGAGGGCGUGGGCAGCGUCCUGGAGUGCAGAGCUGGGUGGGAUUCUCAGUGAAAUGAUGGAAAUUGUCACGGAAGACCAGGGAGGAAAGGAUUUUUGUCUCAGGGACCCUGACUUUACAAAAGGCCUUGCUGGGGAGGAGCUGCUGGAGCGACCAGCCAGUUGUUCAGUUUGUUUUCUGCUCUGUGGGAGCAGCUGGAUCUCAGUGUUUAGUGUCUGACUAGAAAAAGGACCUGCAGGUGAGCUGGAGUGACUCCUGUGGGAUUGGGGCUGAAUGGACCUCGUGCAAGGAAGGCUUCCCACUGGCCAAGGACAAACCAUGAUCCUGAAAGGCCACGGGGCAGAGACAAGCAGCUCUUCCUGAGCUGCCCAAAGAUGGAUUCCCCUUUUUCUCUCAGAACAGUGUUCCAGAAUGUUCUUCCCCUCCGGAGAGCUGAUCAGCUCCUCACACCCCAGAUACAAGGAGGGAGCAGAGCUUUCUUUUCCACACAUGCAGAAUUGGAGGCUAAAAGUCCAGGCCUAGAGAGAACAUUUUUUUCCCUCCCUAACCCAUCUGCAUUUGGCAGCAGAGCCUGGUGAUUAAUUGCUGGUGUAAUUAGAGGCCAGUCUCCUCUUCUGAGAUGAUGCCAGUGCUCGGUGUCUGAGAGCAGCCUGGUGCAUUCACAGGCUCGUGCCCAAAUUCCUGCUCCCCUGCUCUCACCCUGCAGUGUUCAAACCUUCAUCACUCUGUGGUGUCUGAGAGAGCUCAGGUGAAUCUCAGCUGCUGGCUCCAGGGCUUUCACAGCAGUUUUCUCUUCCCUGUUGAUGCUUGAAAAUGCAGAAUAGAAAUGAAGCAUUAAUUUCUGCUGGAGCAAAGUCCCAUCCUCUUGGUAUUUCUUAGAAAGUAGGAGCUAAGGGAAGUCCCAUCUCCAGACCUACAUCAGACCCAACAGCAUCCCCAGGGAGGCUGGGAUAUUCCUGACUCAUAACUAGGCCUGUGCAGGCAGAUCAUCACAGGGAAUAGAGGAAAUUUAGCCACGAGGAUGAGCUCACUUGAGAUUGUUCUACAUGUUGUGCUCGAGGUUUCCAUCAGCAACUAACACCUCCUUUUACACGAGUAUUUUUCACUAAUGAAAGGACCCUACUAAGCCAAAGUGGUAUUAUAAAGGCUUUUUUUUUUAUGUGUGAUUUCACAGCAAGACAAUAGCUUGGGAUAAAAAGCUCUUAAUGAUUUUUUUUUUAAUUAAAACCUUGACUGCUAAAGUAUUAGUGUAAUUUAGUUAAGUUGUACUAAGAGUAAAAACAACAAAAGCAAAGUUGAGAGUGUGUCAGUGUUCAUAAGCCAAAACCCGCUGUCGUGUCUUCAUUCAGGUUUCUUCACUCAAAAACAUCCUGAAUGUUCCAGAGUGGAUCGGUCUCUCCGUGUAAACCUUUAUUCCUCCCUCUAACAGGCAAGCUGUCCUGUUUGUGUAGUCUCGAGAUGAAGAUGUGAACUUUAAACCCCCUCUGUAGCAAAGGGAACAGAGGUUUGUGGCACUGCUGCUACCUGGGAGCACGGAAAUGCUCUGCCAGUGCAGGCCUUGAUCUUCUCAUGUACUGAACUCGAAGCCUUUUUAUCCUGCUAUUUGCUAUGACAAUAAAAUGGCCUUCCAAUUUUA